CGCAGCAGUGCAGGGCAGCAUUCCGCACCAGUCCUCCAGUGGCUCUCUCACCACCUCUCUGUCUCUGACUCGAAAGCUCGGACUUUUAUACCGAGGCUAAAUUUAGGGGGCUGGCCGGUGCACUGCGUCCCCAUCCUGGACGCGCUUCCUGAUUUGUGCUGCGAACCAAUAUUUAUAAGAAAAGCAGCUCGUUCCAGACAUACAGACAGCUGCACAUGAGUGAGGGCAGCAGCUCAUCGGACGGCAGAAGAAGCAACGCGAUAGUGUAGCUUUUUUCUGGAGACUCAGCGGACUCUGGUGAUUUCAUUUGAAACAGAGAAAGUGUCUGUGAAGAUUUAAGGAAACAUUUUUCUACUUUUUGUUAAAUACGCAUGGAAAUGGCCUUGAGUGGGACCAUUUUACCAUCAAUCUCUACGUUUGCCAACCAAAAGGAGAAAUGUUGGGAAGAUAGGUGGAAGGGCGACAUAAGCAGCGUUGCGCCCAACAUGGACAGCAGCUGCCUGGGCAGAAAGGACGAGGAGGACCUGGAUAAGUUUUUGGAUCUUGAGUUUAUUCUCGCAAACACCGCAGCCUCCGACAGUGCGCCAGUCGCCGGGCCUGGAGCAGAGUCCUAUCGGCUCCAGGAGUCCGGGGCGUCCGUAUACCACCACCAGCAGCAGCAGCAGCAGCAACAGCAGCAGCACACCGGGGUUCCCCAGCAGUCAGUCAGUUAUACCUCUGUCCCAGACAUGAACAGCCCACCGCCACCUUACAACAGCCUGAUGGCGGAGCUCCUUCGCUCCGACGUGGAUACCAGCUUUCUCCCUGGGAACAGCUCCGGCAUCCAGGGCAGAUUCAUGAUCAGCUCCACGCCUUUCCAGACAACUCAGGAUUUAUUUCCCGAGCUUCCGAGCAUUAAAGUGGAGCCAAACAUGGACACGUACGGACCUGUCAUGGGUCUGGUGCCUCAGAGCUGCACCAAAAUCAAACAAGAGGGGAACGUCUCCUGCAUGAUGUCGUAUGAGCAGCAGCCUCGGCUGGCAAACUCCCCGCAGGCAGCGGUGGGCAGCAUGACGCCGCCACUCAGCCCGGACGACCUCAGGAGCUCCGAGUGCCACCAGCCCCAGAUGUGCAACUCCACCUCGCUGACCUUCCCGCAGAGCUUCCACCCGCAUCACCGUUGCGCACCAGGGGGAUUCCCACACCCGCACACUGGGAUGCAACUCCCUUUCCCCGGUGCGCACCACCAUCACCAGUUCCCAGGCAUGUUCGGAGAGGACGCGACCAUGGGCAUGCAGCAGCAGCCGGCGGCCGGCCAGCGGGUCCUGCUCACCCCGCCGUCCUCCCCGCUGGAAAUGAUGGACACCAAACCGAAGAGGGGUCGCCGGUCCUGGCCGAGGAAACGGACUGCGACACACACCUGCACUUUCACCGGCUGUGGGAAGACCUACACCAAGAGCUCCCACCUGAAGGCGCAUCUCAGGACGCACACAGGAGAGAAACCUUACCACUGCAGCUGGGAGGGCUGCGGCUGGAAGUUCGCUCGCUCAGACGAGCUCACACGUCACUUCCGGAAGCACACCGGACACCGGCCGUUCCAGUGUCACCUGUGCGAGCGGGCCUUCUCCAGGUCCGACCACCUCGCCCUGCACAUGAAGAGGCACAUGUGAGGAAAGUCCCGAAGGAGCUGACAAGGACUUCUAUGCACCGAAUCCAAAGAACUCUAACAAUCCCGUGAUCAGCUAGAAGGAUGCUAUGCAAAUAUUUAGACGCAAGUUCCUGUAGGAAUAUUAACUAUAGUGGUACCAUGACAGCAUAAACUGCCAUACAGUAUGAUGAGGCCACUAUUGACUACACUGUAAUACCUAUAGGUAUAUUAUAGGAAUGUUAUAGUGAUGUUUCAUUGGGGGGAGAGCAUCCAGACGAGAUGCCCUCAAAUUAUAUUUUGUAAAAAAAACAAAAAAAACAAUCUAUUUAAAUGUUAUUUUUGACAAACAAACCACAAAACCAGAGGAAACACAGCCAGACACGACAGAGACAGAUGAAUUCUGUUCGGAUAAAAGUUUUUUUUGUUUUUUUGUUUUUUUUAAAUCUAUGUAGCUGGUACUACUUUUUUUGUAUGGAAUGCUGUUUAAAUAGGCAACAAAUUAAAGGAAAAAUCCACUCAACAUGUCAGGCACAUGCCACUGAAGCAACUGGAAGCAGACAAUCCUUUUUUUUUUGGAAGAGCGACGAUUCUUUUGUAUUUUCACCUGUAGUGCCUUCUAUAACACGAUAUUACACAUCUUACGAGUGCCAUAUUCUCCACUGGCUAAAAGACAAUCAAAGUUCUAUUCUGUGUUAUCCUGUAAAAGUGUAAAGAGCACGUGAAAAUAAGCUUUGAGACAAUGUUUUGUUCUAAAACUGCCUUUCGUUCUGUCCUCCUCGAAGGCUUGAAUCGAAUGUGUCUGUGAGUCUGUCUGUUAUCUUCUAGCAUUUGAAGUCAGGGUCUUACAAUCUCACAGAAGUGCAUGCCAUCUCAACACCACCUGAUCGACAAAGGGCUACAAAGUCUUUGGCAAAAAGCUUUGUUUGUUUGUGUCUUGAAGAAAUGUACUGCCUUGUAAAUAGAAUCUUUUUUUAUAUAAUGUAAAUAGUUUAUUUUAAUGUACAUAUUAAACUAAAUGAACAACAUGA